CCGGUGUAGACUGUUGCUCGGCCCUGCGGCAUCCGUUUGCCCUGCGUCUGCCGGGUGCCGGGCCAUCCACCGGGAGGACGCGGACACCGCGGUAGUCAAGCCACAAUGGAACAGUUGACCUUCAGAGAUGUGGCCAUUGAUUUUUCUGGAGAGGAAUGGGAGUGUCUGGACUCUGAACAGCAGAAUUUGUAUACAGAUGUGAUGUUGGAGAACUAUAGGAACCUCGUUUUCCUGGGUCUUGCUGUGUCUAAGCCAUACCUGGUUACCUGUCUGGAGCAAAGGAAAGAACCCUGGAAUGUAAAGAGGCAAAAGACCAUGGCUGUGUUCCCAGCCAUGUCUCCUCAUCAUAACCAAGACUUUUCACCAGAGCAGAACAUAAAGUAUUCAUUCCAGGAACUCAUCCGUGGGCCUUGUGGAGAGUGUGGCUUUGACGGUUUGUACUUCCCAGGAGAAAGGGGCCAUGUUGAGGAGGGUGACAUCCUGAGAACCUGUUAUAACGGGCACCACCCAUUUCUGACAGCUGACAACAGCAAAAGCUUGACUCCCAGGAGAGAUCAGGAACAAGAAAUGGCUCACAAAAACCCUCAGGUUAUGCCAGUUACUUGUGAGGAGCCGUGCGCUUCUAUCAUUAAACAUCAGAGUCAGUUUUUGAAGCAUACCCCUUCUUUCAAAGAUAAUUUGGAAAAUCCACAAAGGGGUCUAGUUCAUUCUUCAGCUACUGACUUCAACAAUUUCAAAUGUAGCUUUGGGCUAAGCUUUCAUUCAAACAUUUUUGUAGAUGGGGAACUUAAAAAUGAAGGAAAACAUUCUAAAUGUAUUCAAUUUGAGAACUCCAUCAUGAAAAAUCCGUUAGUAUAUAAUCAACAAAUAGGUCUUCCAUGUGCCAAAACACAGAAUUCCCAUAAGUAUGGCAGAUUUUUUUCACAUCCGGUAUCACUGAACCAAAAUUCAAGUACAGAUAUUUUGGAGAUUCAGUAUAUAUGUAAAGAAAAUAGGAAGGCCUUCACUGAGGAGUCCAGCUUAAGUAACCACCAGGGUGUGUAUGUUGGAGAGACAGUUUAUGAGGGUAAUGAAAAUAGUAGUGACUUAAACCAAGAGUCAAAUCCUGCCAAUCAUCCGUCUGCUCAAUUGUACAAAUGUUACAAAUGUGACACAGUCUUUCAUCAGUACUCAGAACUUAUUAUCCAUCAGUAUAUCCAUAUUCAAGAUCAGAUUUCCAAGGAUAUGGAAUGCGACACAGCAUUCAGUCAAAGUUCAAGCCUCACUAGGAGUCAAGCUGGAGAAAAGCCCUACAAAUGUAAGGAAUGCGGCAAAGCCUUUACCUACUGUUCAAGCCUUAGGCAACAUCAUAGGAUUCAUUCUGGAGUCAAACAGCACAAAUGUAAAGACUGCGGCAAAGCCUUCUACCAUAAAUCACUCCUCACACAACACCAGAGCAUCCAUGCCGGGAAGAAACCCUACUGCUGUAAAUUUUGUGGCAAAGCUUUCAAUCAAAGAUCGACUGUUACUCAGCACCAGAGAAUCCAUACUGGAGAGAGGCCCUACCAUUGUAAAGAUUGCGGCAAAGCAUUUCAUCAGAGAUCGAGCCUUAGCCUGCACCAGAGAGUUCAUACUGGGGAAAAGCCCUACAAAUGCAAAGACUGCGGCAAAGCCUUCAACCGUAACUCACUCCUCACUCAGCACCAGAGAAUUCACACUGGAGAGAGGCCCUACCAUUGUAAAGACUGUGGCAAAACUUUUAAUAAAAAAUCGAGCCUUACUCAACACCAGAGAAUCCAUACUGGAGAGAAGCCCUAUUCUUGUAAAGACUGUGGCAAAGCUUUUAAUCAAAGAUCAAGCCUCAGCCUACACCAGAGAGGCCAUACUGGGGAGAAACCCAAUAAAUGUAAUGAAUGUGGCAAAGCCUUUAACCGUGUAUUUUUCCUUACUCAACAUCAGAAAAUUCACACUGGAGAGAAGGCUUACCACUGUAAAGACUGUGGCAAAGCUUUUAAGCAGAGGUCUAGCCUUACUCAACACCAGAGGGUGCACACUGGAGACAAGCCCUAUCAUUGUAAGCACUGUGGCAAGGCUUUUACUCAAAGGUCCAGCUUUACACGACACCAGAGGAUCCACACGGGAGAGAAGCCCUACAAGUGUCAAGACUGUGACAAAGCCUUCAGCCGGAACUUACUUCUCAUUCAACACCAGAGAAUUCACACCGGAGAGAAGCCUUACCAUUGUCAAGAUUGUGGCAGAGCGUUUAAUCAAAGGUCAAGCCUUACUCAACAUCAGAGGGUUCACACUGGGGACAAGCCCUUCUGCUGUAAAGACUGUGGCAAGGCUUUUACCCAGAGGUCAAGCUUUAACCGACACCAGAGAGUUCAUACUGGAGAGAAGCUCUACAAAUGUAAAGAGUGUGACGGCGCCUUUAAAUCUAGUUCCCACCUUGCCGAACAUCAGUGCACCUCAUUAGGCAGCUGCUUUGAAGACACAAAAUUUCUCCAAUAUAUAUGAGUUUAUUGUUCUGUUACAGCCAGUUAGCAAACACAGAUGGAUUUAUUUUGAAAACACGUAAUAUGUUUGAUUAUACAAAAGGUACUUUCUGUUGCAACACCUAACUGGAUUUCCGGAGCCAUAUCCUAGUUUAAUUAACUAAUAAUAUUUUUCUUUCUUGUCAUUUUGUCAUCUGGUUCUGUGUUAAUAGUUGUAUUCUCAAAUGUAUUUCCCAAACGUUGUCCAGACUGUAUACAUAAAACAUACACACUGUCCAGUGUACACAUAAAAGUGUACAGCAGGCGCCACACUAGAGAAGUCUUUGGCAGGUCCCCGCUAUGAUUUACACAACUAAAUUGUGUAGCAUAGAGCUUGGCUGUCUCCCCCCAGGAACGUAUAGAAUUGUGUUUACUGUCACAGUUAUCUUAACUAUACUGUUAUAGCAUAGUUAAGAUGAGAUUUUCAUGACAACCACAAGAAGCAUCUUUAACCCUGCAUGUGUAUUUUUUCUUCAGUCAUGAAACAAAACUAUAGAGCUCAGAUAGUAAAAAGAAAGAAAAAAACUAGAGGUAUAUAUUGAGUUGGUCUGAGGAUCUUGACAUCUGAGUCUACUGCUAAAAAGACUGCAAAUAUAUAGAUGGUGCAUGCUGAACCCACACUUUUAUACAAUUAAAUUACAUUUGGGGGGUGUUGUGUGCCCCAGCAUUCAUGUGAGAGUCAGAGGACAGCUUCCAGCCCGUUCUCUCUGGCAUUUCGUGUCAUUGAAAUGACAUUGAAAUGUCAUUGAACUCGGCUCAUCAGACUUUGCCGAAAGUGCCUUUACCUGCUGAGUUAUCUCUUCGGUCAUGGGAUUUUAGGGUCUGGGACUUUUCUGGCCCCUGCUGCACAGACCCCUGCUGUUUUCUGCCCUUUCGUAAUUAGAAAGUUACGCAAACCACCUACUACAAUUGCUCCUGUGACUUGAAGUCAUGACAUGGUACAUUUAAAAAUGAGAAUGUACAGAAAAUGUAGGGAGACAUUUUUAUGUUGAAUGUUCAAAACAGACUCCAUAAAGCUAAAGGCCUUCUAGGGUAAGUUCUUCAGAUCAUGACAAGUGAGAUGUGGCUGUGUUAGACUCCUGAUGGUGAGUGCAGAAUCUGUAAGGGCAGAGAAGCACUGACAUCAUACUCUGAGGUGAUGCGUUGUCAGAAGAGAGAAGAGCUGAUAACGAUGGGGGAUAAGCAGCACCUAAUUCAGAGCUGUAAAACAGCCGCCUGUAAGCUACAUACUGGGAGUGCAGUUUUCCUCACUGGCGGGGAAUCAGUUUUAUCACACUGUCUAGGGUCUGUACAAGGGCUCUUUCUUUCUCUCUGUUGGCCUACUCAACCCAAGUCUGGCCUGCCUGGAUCAGUAUUUGGGCAUUAAGACCAGGAUCAUUGAGCCCCGUCUCACUGCAUCUAGUACCCGGCAAGUAUUUAGGGGUUUAGAUUUCACAUUUUGAUCAGGUUAACCAAAUGCCAACCAUCUUCCAGUUCAUGGGAAGAGGAAUGUAUGGUGCAGAAUUCCUUCACGGAAGCAUUUUGGCUUCUAUAGGGGAAUCAUUCCAGUUUCCUGGUACUCAAAAGAUGAAACCCAUGGCCCUAAAGGCAAAAUAUCCUCAAGAAUUUCUUCAUAUAGCUCUUCCAAGGCAGCAGAACAAUCACAAAGCACUCAUGGCUGGAAACUUUUAGAAAACUUCAAUGCAAAGCAAGUGGAUAAAUAAUUGAACUUUGUAUGGUUUGAUCAGCACAAAGGAGGAAAACAGUGACUGACAAGCUUGAAUUUGUUUGGGAAGGUUUUCUUUAAUUGUAUUGCUUAUCCUGAUCCACUUCCACAAAGGCGUUUUCUAGAAAAGUUGUUAUUUCUACUUGUGUUGUUUUUACCUUGUUGAAAAAUUUAGACUCUCUAAUAUAAUUAUCUUAGAGAAAGUUAAAGAGAUAACUUGGCUGCUGUUUCAUGUUAUUAAGUGGGAAAAUAAUUGUAGUUUGCUCUCUGUUGCUGUGAUAAAUACCACACACCACACAAUCACACAAUCACAAACAACUUGGGAAAGAAGAGGUUUGUCGAGGGUAGGAACUAAAGCAGGAGCAGGGGAUGGAAUCGUGUAAGAAAGGUGCUUCCUGUAGCUCACGCUCAGCCAGCGUCCCUGAACCAGGACUACCUGCCUGCCCAUGGGUGGCACUGUCUACAGCAGACCGGGUCUUCCCACAUUAGUCAAAACCAUUUCAGACGUGGCCAUAGGAAACAAAAAGAGAACAGUUCUGACAUCUGUACAUUUAAAUGAUAAAACAGCACCAAAAUUCUAGGUCUUAUGUCAAUUAAGGCAAAGAAUAUGAAGACUCCAGCUCACAGUUUCACAAUAUUCUAUGAGCACAUAAUGCUCGCUUUCGUUUUUUGACAGUGUCGUGCUGUUCUGUGCUGUUCAGUUUUCUAAGUGACCAUAUACAUCUUGUGUUACAAAUUGUAACUUAUGAACAGUUGCCUACAGCAUAUUUUAAAAAAAGCAAAGAAUGGUUUAAGAUCUGUAGGAUUCACUGAGAACUAAGAACAUUUGUUUUUGAGAACAGAUAGUUUGCAUGAACUUCUUUUCUAGCUUAGUGCUACAGAUGGUGGAUGUGAACGCUAGCAAGAAAUGUGCUUAAGAUGCCAGUUCAUGAGUGCCCCCCUAGUUCCACCAAACUCACAGAGCCGCAGUUCCUUAGAUUGGGGUUCUAUGAUGCCAUUUGAUUUUUCUUCCUUCAAAUGCAAGGUCGCUAGCAUAAAGCUGUUGUCGAUGUGUUUAGUUUUUUGACAGUGUCAUGCUGUUCUGUAUAUUUGUUUGUUUGGC